AGGGAGGGCAGGGGGAGGGGGCCCUGGCUGGGGGCGGAGGAGCCGAGGCCGCGGCCCACCGGGGGCUCCGCCAUGUCCUGCUGCCCCUGCCCCCGCCCCUGCCGCCGCUGCCGCCGCCGCUGUCCGAGCGUCUGCUGCCGCCCUCGGGGCCUGGUUUCGAUGUGAACUGUAUUAGCAGAAAAAAAUCUUUGAAAAAUUAUUGACAAAGAAUCUACAUUUGAUUUCACUGUGACAGGAAGAAGAACCUUGCCAUCUGCUGAGCUAGGACGAGGAUCCUCCUCCUAACCUGGGCUUCCUGUCAUGGAUGAAGAGACACAGCACAGCCUUGAAUGCAUCCAGGCCAAUCAAAUCUUUCCCAGGAAGCAAUUGAUUCGAGAGGAUGAGAAUCUUCAGGUUCCUUUCCUGGAACUUCACGGUGAGAGCACAGAGUUCGUGGGCCGGGCUGAGGAUGCCGUCAUCGCACUGUCUAAUUACAGGCUGCACAUCAAGUUCACGGAGUCACUUGUUAACGUUCCGUUACAGCUCAUCGAGAGUGUUGAAUGCCGAGAUAUAUUUCAACUUCAUUUGACUUGCAAAGACUGCAAAGUUAUCAGGUGUCAGUUCUCAACCUUUGAGCAGUGUCAAGAGUGGCUUAAGAGACUGAACAAUGCAAUCCGGCCGCCUUCGAAGAUAGAGGAUCUCUUCUCAUUUGCAUAUCAUGCUUGGUGCAUGGAGGUCUAUGCCAGUGAGAAGGAGCAGCAUGGGGACCUGUGCCGGCCAGGGGAGCACGUCACGGCAAGAUUUAAAAAUGAAGUUGAGCGGAUGGGUUUUGAUAUGAACAACGCCUGGAGGAUCUCCAACAUCAAUGAGAAAUACAGUAAGCUGUGUGGCAGCUACCCUCAGGAGCUCAUCGUGCCAGCCUGGAUUACCGACAAGGAGCUCGAAAGCGUAGCGAGCUUCAGGUCCUGGAAACGCAUCCCCGCUGUGGUCUACAGGCACCAAAGCAACGGGGCGGUCAUCGCCCGCUGUGGGCAGCCCGAGGUCAGCUGGUGGGGUUGGCGGAAUGCUGACGACGAGCACCUCGUGCAGUCUGUGGCCAAAGCCUGUGCCUCUGACUCCAGGUCUGGCGGUGGCAAGAUACUGAAUGGAAAUUGCUCUAGGGAGUGUUCCAAUGGAGGUGACCUUUCGGACGUAGAAUUUGAUUCUUCCCUGUCAAAUGCUUCUGGAGCAGAGAGCUUAGCUAUCCAGCCUCAGAAGCUUCUCAUCUUGGACGCGCGGUCCUAUGCAGCAGCUGUGGCAAACCGAGCCAAAGGAGGUGGCUGCGAAUGCCCAGAGUAUUAUCCCAACUGCGAGGUGGUGUUUAUGGGGAUGGCAAACAUCCAUUCAAUUCGGAAGAGCUUCCAGUGCCUGCGGCUGCUGUGUACACAGAUGCCAGAUCCGGGAAAUUGGCUUUCUGCUCUCGAAAGUACCAAGUGGCUGCAGCACCUCUCAGUGCUGCUGAAGUCAGCGCUGCUGGUUGUCCACGCCGUGGACCGUGAUCAGCGGCCAGUGUUGGUACACUGCUCUGAUGGCUGGGAUCGGACCCCCCAGAUCGUGGCACUCUCCAAGCUCCUGCUUGAUCCCUACUACCGAACCAUAGAGGGUUUCCAGGUGCUCGUGGAGAUGGAAUGGCUGGAUUUUGGCCAUAAGUUUGCCGAUCGCUGUGGCCAUGGAGAAAACUCGGAUGAUCUGAAUGAGCGUUGUCCUGUGUUUCUGCAGUGGCUGGACUGUGUCCACCAGCUCCAGAGGCAGUUCCCUUGCUCUUUUGAAUUCAAUGAAGCAUUCCUUGUCAAGUUGGUACAACACACCUACUCUUGCCUCUUUGGAACAUUCCUGUGCAACAAUGCGAAGGAGAGAGGAGAAAAACACACUCAGGAACGGACCUGCUCCGUCUGGUCUCUGCUUCGGGCGGCCAACAAGGCCUUCAAGAACCUGCUCUAUUCUUCGCAGUCAGAAACUGUGCUGUAUCCAGUGUGCCAUGUGCGAAACCUAAUGCUCUGGAGUGCCGUGUACCUUCCGUGUCCCUCCCCUUCCACGCCUGCCGAUGAUACCUGUGCUCCAUACCCAGUCCCCGGUGCCAGUCCUGAAGAUCAGCCUCUGAGUAGGCUACCAAAGACGCGGUCAUUUGACAACCUGACGACAGUCUGCGACAGCAGCGUGCCCCCGACCAGCCGGCGCAGCAGCGACCCCAGCCUCAACGAGAGGUGGCAGGAACAUCGGCGCUCCCUAGAGCUGAGUGGCCUGGGCAGCCCGGGGGAGGAGCCCUGUGAUGGGGACAGUCUGGGCAGACAGGCCAAGGCCUUGGGGGGAGCUGAACUCUCAGUCGCUGCUGGUGUAGCAGAAGGGCAGAUGGAAAACAUCCUGCAGGAGGCCACUAAAGAGGACGGGGUGCUGGAGGAGGCCCCCCCCAGGAGCAGCACUGAGGGGGCAGAAACCAAAGAGGAGGCCCUCCUGGAUAAGAAGAGCCAACGGGAGGAUACAGAGUUCUGUAAGAAACCAGAGAUGGCCCUGGCGGCUCUGAUGAUUUCUCCAGGAAACAGCACACAUCAGUUGUUGACAGGUUUCCCUGGGCACGCCGAUGAGCCUGGGGCUCUGCUGAGCCAUAGCCAGGAGCCCCCUAAGAGGGACAGCCUGCUGGAAGGGCCUGGGGAAGGGCCUGGGAACAACAGUGUGGAUGCAGACAGCCAUCAAGCCCUACGGCCCCCCGAGAUUCCCUGUGACAUCUCCCUGCCCCCAGCAGUCCCGCUAGGAGCAAGACCACCCGCUGUGGAAAGCUCUGUGGAAACGUUAACAGAAGGGGAGGCCAGAGUAGACCAGCUCCCCUUAGGGCCUGGUCACAGACCUUGCCUCCCGGAGAGCGGGGGUGAUGAGCUUUCUCGAGCCGAUGGGGCACCCCUGGGGGACAGGGCCAGGGCGGGAUCCAGAGUACCCAGGACUUCACACAGCCCAAUGCCUUCUUCCUGUGCCUUGCCCAUAGCUGAAUGUAAAGAGGAGAUUGUCUGCAAUGGAGACCUGGAGAUGGAGAACAAGGCCACAGAGCACCCUGUGGGGCUGACGGUGCCCCAGAGAUACCCUGCCCCGAAUGGACACUGUCUGGACGCAGAGCGCAGUCGGGUCACAGGGCCCUGGAGCCGACGGGUAUCCGCCACGAGCGGCGGCUCUGGCCAGCUCCCCUUGCGGAGCACACACCCCAAGUGGCUGCAGGGCCAGCCGGGCAGGCAGCUGGCAGCUGGCAGUCCAGACCAGCCCACUCGCAGUCACCUGGAUGACGACGGCAUGCCCGUCUACGCGGACGCCAUUCAGCAGCGCUUGCGCCAGAUCGAAACGGGCCACCAGCAGGAAGUGGAGACCUUGAAGAAGCAGGUGCAGGAGCUGAGAAGCCGCCUGGAGAGUCAGUACCUGAACAGUUCCCUGCGCUUCAAUGGGGACUUUGGGGAUGAAGUGACCUCAAUCCCUGACUCGGAAAGCAAUGUGGAUCAGAGCUGCUUGUCUUGCUGCAGCACAGAGAUUUUCUCUGAAGCCAGCUGGGAGCAGGUGGAUAAACAGGACACAGAGAUGACCCGCUGGCUCCCUGACCACCUGGCCGCUCACUGCUAUGGCUGCGACAGUGCCUUCUGGCUUGCCAGCAGGAAGCACCAUUGCAGGAACUGUGGGAAUGUUUUCUGCUCCAGCUGCUGCAACCAGAAGGUGCCGGUUCCCAGCCAGCAGCUCUUCGAGCCCAGCCGAGUCUGCAAGUCUUGCUAUCACAGCCUGCACCCCACGAGCUCCAGCCUGGACCUCGAACUGGAGAAACCCAUUGCUGCCACUUCAAACUGAAGCCUCUGCCUGUCGGGGGCCAGGGCGGCUCCCCCCCGGGGAGCCCUGCACACCCUGGGUGCCCCGAGAAGGUCCCGUGGCCCGCGCGCUUUGGAGUGGGGAGCAAGGACCCGCCUGCUC